CCCUCUAGCGAGCAAUCGCUUAUCCGAGAAGGCGACGAGGUGAAGGAGGGUGGCGAGUCCUCAUGUUUCUUUCCACCAGUAACAAACCACAUCUAAACCGGGACGCCCCAAUACUGGUAAAGCUAGCUACUGCUAAUGUCAAACUCUAGAUCCAGAUUGUAUACACCAAGCUGGUCGUGUCGGCGAAACAAUCAAGUGGGCGUGCCUGUCUGGUGUGUCUGUGAGGAACAUUAGUCUAUAUCACCAAAUACACCAGGGUCCCCUGACCUGAAGCCUGUUCAUAUCUGAUGCUCUUUCAGAAGAGAGAGUACCACCGCACUGUGGCUGGAGAUUUUGUUUUAAGGAAGAGAACCCCCACCCCCCCACCGUUUGGAAAAGGAAUGCUUUGGGGAUGACCUGCUGGAAGAGCAGCACCUUGCUGGACUACCCGUGUGACUCCAGAGAACCAUCUUCCGUUCACCACCUUUGUCCUUCUGCAAGUCCUAUAGAGAGCCCCAGGAUUUAGAGCGUAAGCGUUGUUGGGGGGGUGGGGAGGGCAGGGGGCUGGUGGAUGGGUUAAAUGCACAUAUCCCUGUCUGCCAGAGAGCCACCCACCCACACUGAUGGUGUCCCCUGCCUAUGUUGCUCCCACCACCCCUUGGCAAUGGUGACAUGAGUACGUGAUGUGGAGGAGCCUAUUGUAUUUUUGAGGAAGAGUCUCUACCACCUACCAUUACAUUCGGAUUGUUUUCGCCGUACACUCUGGGACUGAGUCUGUGCGGGGUGAUGUUGCUGCCGUCAUGCGGUCGCCUCCGGCGGCUCUUCCGUCAGUCUCACUCCCUCACUCUCCAGACCAGCCUCCUGCUCCUCUUCCUCUUCUGCAUGGUGAGCGUCCUGGUCUCCGCCUACUUCCUCUACGGAGUCAAGCGGGAGCUGGAACCGGCAGCGGGGGGCAUGGGAGGGCCGGAGGAGGGCACUGCUGACUGGGACGACCGCCGUGCCGCCACACCCUCCACCUCCUCCCGGGCGCUCCCUCCACACACGGCCAGGCCCUCAGAUGUAUUGCGCACUGACCCUGUGGUGCUGGUGUUUGUGGAGAGCCUAUACUCCCAGCUGGGACAGGACAUUGUGGCCAUCCUGGAGUCUGGCCGCUUCCUCUAUCGAACCGAGAUGGCCCCGGGAAAGGGGGACAUGCCCACCCUGACAGACAAGGACAGAGGCCGUUUCACGCUGGUCAUCUAUGAGAACAUCCUGAAGUAUGUCAACCUGGACGCUUGGAACAGAGACCUGCUGGACAAGUACUGUGUGGAGUAUGGAGUGGGUAUCAUAGGCUUCUUUAAGGCCAAUGAGAACAGCCUACUUAGUGCCCAGUUGAAGGGCUUCCCCCUCUUCCUCCAUUCCAACCUGGGCCUGAGGGACUGCAGUGUCAACCCCAAGUCCCCCCUGCUCCUCAUCACUAAGGCCCGGGAGGUGGAGCGAGGCCCCCUACCCGGAGAUGACUGGACUGUCUUCCAGUCCAACCACUCUACCUACGAGCCUGUUCUCUUAGCCAGGACCCGGGUACCUGACCUGGGUAUGUCUGGGGUGGGUAGCAGCCCCCUCCAUGCCUCUGUUGUCCAGGAUCUGGGGCUUCACGACGGCAUCCAGCGGGUGCUCUUCGGCAACAACCUCAACUUCUGGCUGCACAAGCUGGUGUUUGUGGACGCUGUGGCCUUCCUUACGGGCAAGAGGCUGUCUCUGUCUCUAGAUCGCUACCUGCUGGUGGACAUCGAUGACAUCUUCGUGGGCAAGGAGGGCACCCGCAUGAAGGUCUCAGAUGUCAAGGCCCUACUGGAGACCCAGAAUGACCUCCGAACCUCCGUCCCCAACUUCACCUUCAACCUGGGCUUCUCUGGGAAGUUCUUCCAUACUGGUACAGAUGAGGAGGACCUGGGGGAUGACCUGCUCCUCUCCUAUGGGAAGGAGUUCUGGUGGUUCCCCCACAUGUGGAGUCACAUGCAGCCCCACCUCUUCCACAACCAGUCGGUGCUAGCUGAACAGAUGCUCCUCAACAGGAGGUUUGCACAGGAGCAUGGCAUCCCCACCAACAUGGGCUACGCGGUGGCUCCCCACCACUCUGGGGUGUACCCCGUCCACGUCCAGCUGUACGACGCUUGGAAGAAGGUGUGGGGCAUCAAGGUGACCAGCACGGAGGAGUACCCCCACCUCAAACCUGCCCGCUUCAGACGAGGCUUCUACCACAGUGGCAUCAGUGUGCUGCCGAGGCAGACGUGUGGCCUGUUUACUCACACUAUCUUCUACAACGAGUAUCCUGGAGGACCCAAGGAGCUGGACAAACUCAUCAAUGGAGGGGAGCUCUUCCUCACAGUGCUCCUCAACCCGAUCAGCAUCUUCAUGACCCACCUGUCCAACUACGGCAACGACCGUCUGGGUCUGUACACCUUUAGGAACCUGGUGAAGUUCCUCCAGACAUGGACUAACCUGCGGCUGCAGACCCUGGCGCCUGUGCAGCUGGCCCAGCGUUACUUGCAGAUCUUUCCAGAGGAGAGGGACCCCAUCUGGCAGGACCCCUGUGAGGACAAAAGGCACAAAGACAUCUGGUCCAAAGAGAAGACAUGCGACCGAUUCCCUAAGCUGCUCAUAAUUGGACCACAGAAGACAGGCACCACAGCCCUGUAUCUGUUCUUGGGGAUGCAUCCUGAUCUGACCAGUAACUACCCCAGCAAGGAGACCUUUGAGGAGAUCCAAUUCUUCAGUGGCCACAGCUACCACAGAGGCAUCGACUGGUACAUGGAGUACUUUCCACUACCCUCCAACACCAGCUCAGACUUUUACUAUGAGAAGAGCGCCAACUACUUUGACUCGGAGGUGGCUGCACGGCGGGCGGCUGCCCUUCUGCCCAAGGCCAAAAUAAUCACCAUCCUCAUCAACCCUGCAGACAGGGCAUACUCAUGGUACCAGCACCAACGUGCCCAUGACGACUCCGUCGCCCUGAAGUAUACUUUCCAUGAUGUCAUCACUGCUGGCCAUGACGCCCCCAUCAAGCUGCGGGUGCUCCAGAACCGCUGUCUGGUGCCGGGGUUCUACGCCACCCACCUGGACCGCUGGCUUAGCCACUACCACAUCAGCCAGAUCCUGGUUCUGGAUGGUCAGGUGCUGAGGACAGAGCCUGCUGCAGUGAUGGAGAAGAUCCAGAAGUUCCUUGAGCUGACAAACACUUUGAACUACCACAAUAUUCUAGCGUUUGAUCCCAAAAAAGGGUUCUGGUGCCAGUUGUUAGACGGAGGAAAGACCAAAUGUCUGGGCAAGAGUAAAGGACGGAGAUACCCCGACAUGGACACAGAUUCUCGCUCCUUCCUUAGGGAGCACUACAGGGACAACAACAUAGAGUUGUCCAAGCUGCUCUAUAAGAUGGGCCAGCCUCUGCCCAGCUGGCUCAGGGAGGAGCUGCUCCACACCAGGUAGCCUCAGCACGGCCGUGGACACGAGGACAGAGACACCACCCCAACCUGACCCUCCUGUCCCCCACAGAGGGGGAUGCACGUGAUCGCCCCUCGGCUCCAGCUAUUCACCGCCAUGCGGACUGACCAGGAGCUGAGGAAGGCAUGAGAGACAGAGGCGCCCCCCCAUGCCAAGUCAGCCCAGCUGUUCCCAGUGGCCCCCAGGGACCCUAGCAUGGGGUGUGGCCCCUCAGGGGGGAGAAGAGGCAAAGGUGAAGGAGAGACAUGAACUGAGUUUAGGAUUGUCCUACUUCCUUCUCAGAGAGAAUGACGCUGGGGCAAAGAGAGAAGAGGAAGGGAUCUGGGGCAAAGAGAGAAGAGGGAGGGAUCUGGGGCAAAGAGAGAAGAGGGAGGGAUCUGGGGCAAAGAGAGAAGAGGGAGGGAUCUGGGGCAAAGAGAGAAGAGGGAGGGAUCUGGGGCAAAGAGAGUAGAGGGAGGGAUCUGGGGCAAAGAGAGUAGAGGGAGGGAUCCCUCAACAGGGACUGAUGUUAUUGUUCCAUCACUGAAGUUUGCACUCUCUCAGACAGACAGAGACAGACAAGGAAGACGACAUCAUUUCUCUGUGCCUGUCAUGAACAAUACAUUAGCCAAUAAUGGAUAUUCAAGUGCCAGAGUGGAAUGUUCAUUUGAAAGUAUUUCUGAAUUUAUAUUUUCAUAAUUAACACUCAUAUACUGCUGGAUGUCUGCAUUUGUUUCUGAGGUGUUGUGGUUGCACAACGCAUCUGUCGAGCCUUGUAUGUUCUUUUUAACUGUUCCAUGUUUUUAAUCUGUGUUCAUCUGAAAACCUAACUGGAGCCCAUGUAUUGCUACCACAUACCACGCUGACCCUUGACCUUUAUCAACUCAAAUUAUAUUUGGUUGUCUGAGACAUUCAAUUGAAUGAAUUCACAGUGGAUUAAAAACAGUCAAAUCCAUAAUGAUAUACGAGACAAGCUGGCCUUGCCUUGGUCAGUGGAAUGUUCCCGCUUGUCCUUGGUUGUAACUUCCUUUAAUAAUGAAAUAUUGAAACCCAUUCCUAAAUACAGCUGAUCCUACCAUGUCUGUAGAGUACACUGCAAACUGAACGUAAAUGUGACAUGAGAAAUGUAGCUGCAUGUUAAAUAGCUUUCAGGUAGACAUUGCAAUUUAUCACUGAGGAGAUGCGCAUCAUCAUCGCCAUCCGAUCUGUUACUGUACCGAGCAGAUCUCUUUGUUUCCACUGGUGAUGGUAGAGCAAGUGGAGCAUGAUGUUGACUGGGUUUUUUUUACAUGUAUUUUGACAGCAGGUUAAUGUUAUAAUGCGCAUAAUAAUUCACAUUUCCUAUUGCUGACGGAUUUUUUUCUGGCUCAAAUUUUAAGAUCCUACAUCUGUAAAUUUGCAGUAAUGCGCCUCUUAUAUUUGCACUUCUCAUUCUUAUCAAAUGCCUUACCAAUUUAAGACUAAAUUAAGUUUUGAAUUAUUGAUUAAAAACAUUAAGCACUACAUUUUUAUUUUAACGUUUAUUUUGACAGGGAGUCGAUGCUGAGACCAAGGUCUAUUUAACAGAUGAGCCUUGUAUAGCAGCACAACAAUACACAUCAAAAUACAAUAUGCACCUUAAACGUCACAUUCAUAUACACAACAAUACACGUUAAGUAAACUGACACAUUCUCCAGUAAAAAGGUCCCCUAACAACCGCCUGAAAGGCCCUAGAGCAGGCCUGGGCAAUUCCAGUCCUCGGGAGCCUGAUUGGUGUCACACUUUCCCCCAUCCCUAGCAAUCACAGCUGAUUUAAACUAAUUGCAUUCUAAACUGAAGAUCUUUAUUAUUGGAGUCAGGUGUGUUGGCUGGGGGAAAAGUGUGACACAUCAGGCCCCCGAGGACUGGAAUUGCCCAGGCCUGCCCUAGAGGCACCAAUUCCUCCCAUGUUAAAGUGUAUUGUAGAACAUUCCACGUGUAAGGUACAACCAAAUGAAAAGCAGGUCUCCCCAACUCAGUGGAGAUGGAAGGCAUGCCAGAGUUCUCCAUCCCUGAGUCAGGUAGCCCGUAUAUGUUAUUAAUUAGGUAAGGACUCCUGGUCUUUCUCAACUCAAGUUAAAUCCCCACCUGAUUUGUUCCUCCUACUGUUCCUGUAAAAUUGGGCUAUGUGAGAGAAUAGAAUGGAAGGUUUUCUGAUGAUUUAUUCCACUGAGGAAGUCUUAGUCUUAGUUCCCUUAGCCAUAAUGUCCUAGUUAACAGUUAGACAACAUCACAGUCUCCCCUUUCACCUACAGUAGAAUGACUUGGCCACAUGCUAAAUCCAACACAGGAUGUUGAGGAUCGUCAGUCAACAGCGACAUGUCUCGAGCUCGGCAGCCUUUAGCUGCAGUGGUGAAGUUGAUUUAGUAUUUAGUAUGCCCUUUGAACCGAAGCCUACUGGGUCAGUUGAUAGUGUAAAUGGACGCCUGUAAGAAUUGGUCCUUAUCUGUCCCUGUAUGAUGGCUCUUAGAGGUUUACUCUCUGUCCCGUCAUCCUUGUGGUUUAUUUAUCACCACAGCUUGUGGUCCUAGCUCAUUUCAAAGAGUCCAAUCAGGAGAGUUUUCGUGUUCUGCAAAGACUUGUGCGAAAAUGAAAGGAGGUGGAAUUGGAUUUUGACGCUGUAAAAUGAAGCAUUCUGAGGAGCUGGUGUUUUCUGUACAGGACACACAGGGCUUUCUUUUCUCCAGUUAUUAGUCAAGGUUAGAGGAAUGUGAACUCGCAUCGUUUCAUCUGUUAGUUGCUAUACAGAUACAAAGCAUAUAAACAUAUAUGGGGGUUUAAUGACAUUUCUUUAUUGUAUUACAGUUCCAGUAUGUACAGACACGAUGUCCUCUGAAUCUGUUCUCUCCCAGAAGCACUGUAUAUAUUCCUCAACACGAGGUGUUAGAAGGUUCUGCGACAACUUUCCUGUUAAGGAGAACAGUCCUUGUUUGUGGUAGGAAUUUUGCAGGGCUCCAUUUUCUAUUUUGUAUUACUUGGACUCAUGUAAGGAAGUGUGUGGACUUACGAGUCCAUUCUAGAUUAAUUGUAUGUAAGGUACUGAAUCAUGCACCCUGUGUGGUGAUACACGGAUGCACAAAUGCUGCUCUCAUUUCAAUUUGCUCGAGGAGCUGUAAUAUAUUCAAGUUUCCUUUUUUUUUUGUCUUGAGCCGUUUUACAACUUCCUGUGACUUGAGCCAUUUUACAAUGCAAUAUGUGGUACAAGUGUUCUGGUUCCAAGUAUCAGGGAGGGUGUUGUUGUUCCAGCCUAUACAUUACAGUCAGGAGAUGAGCCCAGCACAUCUCAUGUCUGGGCUGUUCCUUCUUUACCCCAGCAAAUGUCCUAGUGUUGUACUUUCAAAGAUUCUGUAUGACAAUUCAUGAGUAGUAAUUGUUAAUUAGCUAUAAGGAAAUAAUCAUCUGGACUGUACAAUCAACCAAUUGUUAAUAUUUUUUUUAUUGUUGGUAGCUAAUAUUUGUGAUUUUUAAUUUACAAAUAAAGAAACCACUGUUUUUUUAA